UCUGCAUCACGUGACUUGCUUGUAAUAGAACUGACUCUACUUUCCCCUCGAUUUGGAAGGGAAACAGAAAGGCAACCAGAUAUGCCUUCUUUGCUUCUAAUCCAUGCUCUACUCUCCAGUAUCAUCUGGGGUCCUGUGAGAAUGACAGCCAUCUUUAGCUUUGCUCCUGACCAGCUAUUCACAGUGGAGUCACUCAGCGGUGCUACUGAAACUGUAGACCCUGAACAAGCCUCCACUGUUCCCCCUGAUCAGGCUCCAAAGACAAACGAAAUUGAUCCAGUCACAGAUGGUGGGAGUCAAGCAAGUUCCCAGAUUGUUGUGACAUCUCCAGCAACCUUUUACUUUAAUGCGGCAGAUGGAGUGGAAAAUAAGAAUCUUCCAGAAGCAACAGCCACUACUACUAUUGCAUCCAAACAACAGAUAACUUCAGAGUUGUUCAUCACUGCAACCCCAGUGCCUAUGUACUCAGGCAUAGGUAGUUCUGGGGAUGAAAAUAGCAGUAGUAGUUUUACACAGUUUGCUGAUGCUAACAAAAGCCUUGCAAUCGACGAUCGCGUAGCUCCUGCCAUCUCAAAUGCUCCAAAGGAAAAUAACACUGACACGGAGAGACACCACUUCUGUAAAAUUCCAGGAGCUGAAGGACAAAAGAGAGACCAAGGUGAAAAAAAGAAUGCAGGUGUCUCAAAGCAUGCUAGAAUGGAAGGAGAGAUACAUUUUUUGGUAGACACUGGGCGAGAAAUAACAGCAGAAAGGGGGGAUUCCAGAUCCAAUGCUGGCCAGACAGAAGCCCUUGGUGGAUUUAAUAAUUCUUGUCCAAAAGGUGACAGAGGUGAUACUGGGAACCCUGGUCCCAUGGGCCUUCCAGGACCAAAGGGAGACAAAGGAGACUAUGGAGAAUCAGGUCCAAAAGGUGAAAAUGGACUGAAAGGAGAUUCUGGAGAGAAAGGAGAAAGAGGCCUACCUGGUAAGAAGGGGGACAAAGGCCUGUUAGGAAUCCAAGGAGCUCCUGGUAUAAAAGGUGAUCAAGGGACCCAGGGAAGAGUGGGACCUCCUGGCCAGCAGGGGCCGAUAGGAUUCCCAGGCCAAAAAGGACAAAAGGGGCAAAAGGGAGAUUGCAGAGCUGUUGAACCCACAGCCUUUUCAGUGGCUCUUCAGAAAAGGAGAAGCUUCCCAUUGCCAGGAUCCCCAGUGACAUUUGAGAAUGUUUUUUUGAAUGAAAAUGAAGCCUACCAUGAUGAAACAGGCAUAUUCACUGCCAAUGCUGGAGGUGUCUAUUUUUUCAGCUAUCACCUGAGUGUUUCCAGGAAGUCACUGCGGGCUGGACUUUUCCACAAUGGCCAAAGAAUUCUGCAGAUGUCGAGUGUAAGGCAGCCGCCUCAGAAUGUUGGUCAGGUUUCUGGCUCAGUGUUGGUUCACCUUUCUGAAGAUGAUGAAAUCUGGCUUGAGAUUUUGAAUGGCUCUCAGAAUGGCCUGGUGGCAGAUGAAACCACAGAUUCUGUGUUUUCGGGGUUUUUGUUAUACCCUGACUAAUAACACAAAAAUAAAAUAAAAUAAUAAUUAAUAGUAAUAGUAAUAAAAGGCCUAAAUCCAAUUGCUAGUUCAACUAGAGUAGAUGUAUUGAAUCAAUGAAAUUCACAUAAGUUUUAUUUUAUUAUUCAGCAAUUAAUUCAAUUUAGAAUUAAAGGCCGGAAUCAUGUAUGAGAGUUAUGUCUUUGUAUGUGGACUUGCAUAUGCAAGAAGUAGAAAGGGCUAGUUUCAUCAUUUUUGCAUUCAGUAGAGUGCUGCUAUUACGUUACUAUGUAGCAGAGAUGGCAAAGUGACCAUUGUGCAUUGGGAUUGAUGCACAUUGGUCUUGUUGUGUCACAAUCACUCUUCUCAUUGUCCUGAUACACAUCUUCACAGUUCACUAACAGUGUUUCUUAGUGUCUCUGCUAGUGUCAGAGUGCGGGACCAGAAUCCUGGACAAUCAACCAGUCAGCUUAAUUGAUAAAUCAACAGCACUUUAUUGAUGGUUCCAGAAUCAGCAAUUCCACAUCACUCAGCUUCUUAGCUGAGACUGACCCCUCCCAGCUAAACCAAGGCAUAAAUUCCCCCUAAGCCAAUCUACUCUACCCUCCAGCAAAAGCCCACACAACAGGACCCCUCCUUCCUUUCACUAGUUCCCAUCCUCCAUUCCCUUUCCCUGAGCUACUCUUCUCACAGAAACAAAACUGCAUUCCCAGCCUCUGCAAGCCAGAUCCUCAAGGACACCAGAUAACCCACACCUGGUCCAGCCUAGCACUACAUAUCACUAUCUCUAAAGCCAAGCUAAAGCGUAACCCAUCCCCCAGCAUCCACAGUUAUAAUACAUCUGAUAGAAUACAUCAGGAUUCUAACAGCUAGCUAAGUAU